AUGUUUGAUCUUGAAGCACCUAUUGAGAGUCCAAAGCCAGAAAUAGGAAGACGCAAUGAAGUUGGUUCAGAAGAUCAUAAUUUCAGACAACAGAGCAUUGUCCAAAGAGAUUGUCGGUUCACAUACGAAGAUAUAAAGACUAUCACAAACAACUUCAAAAGAGUGAUUGGUACGGGAGGGUUUGGGACUGUUUACUACGGUUGCUUGAGGGAUGGCAUUGAGGUUGCAGUAAAGCUGCAUGAGCUUUCACUAUCUACAGGGUUGAGUCGGUCCAACGAGUCUGAUUCCAACACCCAGAUCAAGGAGUUCCUGGCUGAGGCUCAUGUGUUGUCAAAGGUUCACCACAGAAAUGUAGUGACACUGAUUGGCUAUUGCAAAGAUGGCAACCACCUUGGACUUGUUUAUGAGUACAUUGCUCGAGGAAGUCUAAGAGACCAUCUCUCAGAGAAUACUACAACUGCCAAAACACUAAGUUGGAGGCAGCGUCUACAGAUUGCACUUGAAGCUGCACAAGGGUUGGAAUAUUUGCACAAGCACUGUUCGCCCCCUAUUGUCCACAGAGAUGUCAAAACCAGUAACAUAUUGUUAACUCACAAUUUGGAAGCAAAAAUAGCAGACUUUGGCUUGGCCAAAACUUUCUUACAUGAUGCCGAUACACACGUGUCGACCGAUGUAAUCGUUGGCACUCAUGGAUAUGUAGAUCCUGAGUACCACAUGACUUAUCAACUCACUGAGAAGAGUGAUGUAUACAGCUUCGGAGUUAUUCUACUAGAGUUGAUCACUGGACUUGCUGUUUUUCUGAAGUAUCCUGAAAGAAAUCAUUUAGCUCAAUGGGUACGUCAAAAGCGUGCCGAAGGGAAUGUGGCUCAACUUGUUGAUCCGAGGCUUCAGAGGCAAUAUGAGAAUAAUGUGGUUUGGAAGGUCGUAGAUCUUGCAAUCCAGUGCACUGCUCCAGUCUCGCAUCAGAGGCCAACCAUGUCUGAAGUGGUGGUGCAGCUGAAGGAGAGCUUGGAAUUCCAGGCUAUGAGUAAAAAUCCCAAGGAUUCUUUCGGUGAAGCCGUCGAUAAGAGGCAUGAGGGGGAUUCAAUUGAAAUGUUGGCGUUUAAGAACAGGGAAGGAAUGUUGGGCAGUGUUGAACCAACCGCCAGAUAA